AUGGGCGCUAACGCGAACCUGCUUAACCUCUACCUUCACCAUGAGCCACCGCUCUCCCCACCGCAAACCGCGCUACUGUCUGAACGCCCCUCUUGCCCAGUCCUGCAGAAGGACUACCAGUCGCUCUUGACUCUUGUCUACACCUCUACAACGAAGUUGACACUCGUUCUACGCCCAUCCGCUCCUUCGUACACGGCUGCCAUUGCGCCCAUCAGCGACCUCGGAACAUCCAUCACCUCCCUUGCGACAUGCGCUACCCUCUACGAUCUUCACGGUACCACGCUAUCGUCGUAUGCUAGGCAGGCGACCCGUGAUAUCUGCGCCACCGUGAGUUCUCUAGCGGACACCUUCAUUGAAAAUGGAGGCGAAGAGUAUCUGGUGCGGACGGGGACCGUGCAUGAUCUCGUCGAGAAGGCGCGGCGCGAGAUUCCUGCGGACAAUCUCGCCGCGGUGAAGGGGAGGUGGACGGCGGAUCGGGGCAUGCUCGAAGAUUCCCUCGAAGAGAUCAACUCCAUGCUCGAGGGGGGCGACGAGGAUGAUAUGGACACGGGGGGUUUCGAUGACGAGUGGGACGAGCUUGGCUUUGGGUCAAGCAAGAAGAUGUCUGAGAUCGAGCUCGAGCGAACGCGGAAGGUACAACCCCUCGUGCGUUUCGCGACCCUGUUGCACAAACGUGUCGUGCCGGACGUGCUCGCCGGACUAUCUGGGCCACAGCUAGACUCGGAAGCCCUUACCGCUGCUUUGGAUGCCUUACCUUCCCGAUCCCACGCCGUCGUCCUUGCGCUCGAGGAAGUGAUCGCCGCCCUCUACGCGCCUCAACAGCCCGCCGCCCUAUCAUCCGCGGUCUCAGCGUUCUCGGACGCUGUCAGGCACCUUCACACAUCGGUAGUGACCGAUGUCUUCCUCCCUCCGGAGACGGACCUCGCGAAUGCAAUGGGCGCUCUCAGCGUGGGCGAGGUGAAAAGCGGCAAUGGGGCGAAGGCGAAAAAGGACCCUCGGAAGUGGUUCGAUGCUUGCUUGGGACAGAUCGACAAGUCUGCGAAAGCUGUAGAGGAUAUGCUAUCGCCAGACCCUCACAAUGCGACAUGAUUUU